AUGCACAUUGAAAAAGUUUUAAAAAAUUUCCUGAAACGAAACAAACAACAAGAACAACAAGAUUUUGAAUUAGUCGAAUGUAAAUUCAAUCGUUUCAGUAAUGUUCAUCAGAAUACUACUUCUCAUACUACUGAUGAUACUAAAGUGAUGAGUGUUAGUAGUAUGGUGAAUAGCACUGAAAUUAAUGGCGAUGAUGAUGGUUAUGAUGGUAGUCAUCAACAUCGCCAUAAAGCUGUCAAUAAAAAUAAUCCCAAUACUGAGUAUGAUAUUGUAAAUCUCGAUUUCAGUAAUUAUAACGACACUCCCUUAGUUCAGUGGGAUGAUGUCAUGAAUAGUGGUCAACAUUUAUUGAAAUUAUCAAAUAGAAAUACGAUUGAACCAGUUUCGUUCAUGUGCACUGGUUGA